UCUGACAGUUCCGGUGAGAAAGUUGACCACCCGAAAACCAACCCAGUCCAAGAUUCCUUUGCCUCUGAUAAUAUUAUUUCUAAUGUGGGUCAAAGAGAGAUAAUCAGAAGCACUGAAAGUGGGGAUCAAUCACCCCUUGUUUUGGGGGAAGUAGGAGGCCCGGGUGACAAAUAUGGAGAGAUACAAGAAUUUGUGGGGAUGGCUGAGCCAACUCUUAGCAAUGUGGCUAAUCAUGUGGAGGAUGAGGGAAGAAACAGAAUGGAGAUGGAAGAGUGUCACAUCGAGCGCGAGUUUCUUCCUUUCAAUUACGUGAGCACUAUGUACCAGCAACUUCAUAAUUUACGCCAGGGUACGCGGUCCGUCGAUGAAUAUACCCAUGAUUUUUAUCGUCUUCUCAACCGCGUAAAGUUACGUGACACACAGGCUCAAUUGGUUUCACGUUAUGUUAGCGGAUUCCGGGUUGGCAUACGCGACAUGUUGAAUAUGUUCGCGCCUGAGAGUGUUUCGGCCGCUCAUCACCGGGCUUUGCUCAUCGAACAACAACAGCGAGGUCGGCCAGUCCCGCCGGCGGGCUUUCAAUCGCGCCCGUACCUGCCAGCGUCCUCAGCGGUGGGUUCACCGCGGCCCGCGGCUUCUGGGGGACAGCAGCUCGGCCGUACCGGGGCACCUGGCUCUUCCAGCUUUUCCGCAGGUGGUGCGUCGUCCUCACAGGCGGCUGGUUUUGGUCUGUCGCAGGCUUCGGAGGUGGCGCGAUCGGGUGGUGGCCAGCGGUGUUUUUCCUGCGGGGAGGCCGAUCAUCGGCUUUCGGCUUGUCCACGUCGGGGUGGUUAUCGGGCCUUGGUGGCAGAUUUUGAUGGUGAGGGUGCUGCUGGGGUUGUUUAUGACGGGCCUCCGGUGUUUGACGAGGAGCCCGAGCCUUUGGAGGAGCAUUUAUUAGGCGAUGUGGGCCCGGCCUUGGUCCUUCGUCGUUCAUGUUUCUCGCCACGUACCACUCCCGAGGACUCUCUCCAACGCCAUAAUCUUUUCGAGUCCACUUGCACGGUGGGUGGUAAGGUGUGUCGUUUCAUCAUUGACACCGGUUCGUGUGAGAAUGUGGUGGCUCAAGAGGCCGUCGAUCGCCUUAAGCUGUCCACCGAACCACAUCCUCAUCCUUAUACGUUGGCAUGGAUCCAGCGGGGCAAUUCCAUUACAGUAGAUCACCGGGUUUUGGUGCAAUUUUCCAUCGGCCCUAAGUUUCGGGACACGGUCUGGUGUGACGUGGUCCCUAUGGAUGCUUGCCAUCUUUUGUUGGGCCGCCCUUGGCUUUCGACCGUGCGGUCGUCUAUGACGGGCGCCAGAACACUUACAGCUUUUUGUUUGAGGGCACUC